AUGACCGGAACCUUUGACGCGGAAGCGCUUCGUAUCAUCGAAGACCCAGAAUCUGCAAGUAACCAAGAGUUGCGUCAGGUCUGGGCAAGCGCGUUUCGAGCUGGCAAUGUUGCAGCGUUGGAGCGUCUGGUCUAUAUCCGGCGCAAGGGCCUCGAAUACGAGCGCCUCGCCAAGGUUGCUGACCUGUUAGCUGAGAAAAAGCGGUAUGACGCCCUUUUCCAACUUUGCUACCAGUAUCCUCAUGUUUUGAAGGAAGUAUCUCUCUCACGGACGAUGCCUGUCUUAUUACGGUACUGCACUGGAUCCGCUGAGGCCAACCAGCCAGCGGCACAGCGUAUGGAUGUGUUGACGCAAGUGGUAGCGACAGCGUCGGAGCGUGCCCUAGCCCCCUCUGAGAUUCCCCGCGACACAUGGACUACCUGUAUGACGCAGGCAAUCGAUAUGGAAGAGCCGGGCGUAGUACGGAUCCUGCGAAACGCGCCAGUAAAGCGGCUCCACGAGCCGCUGUUCCUGGCGGAGAUGCUCCUUCGAGCCUAUCAUCGGACGAUGCGGUACAAAGAUACGGGAAAUUUCGUGGCAUCUGAAGCUCCCAGCGCCCGCGUCACCGAUGAGGACAUGGUGCGUGCACUGCUCGCUCCGGCAACACCGUCGGUGCCUAGCGACUCGCCAGCAACUGCAACGGAUCUCGAUACCUCUGCUUUGGAUGACCAGGCGCAUGAUAAAGGUUUCCAAGAACGUGUACUGGAUGCUCUGACAUGCGUUCUGUGCCCGGUUCCGCCGCUGAUGCUCGAAUGGUUCGUCGAGGUCCACCAUGAGCAUGCCGCCGACUGGUUGUUCACGCACUACCACUUCGAUAUCCAGAGCUUGCCGUACACACAGUUUACCCUAUCGACGCGAGUUUGGCUCUGGAACAGAGCAGCAGCUGCACGCUCCCCAGUGAUGUUCGAUGGUAUCAUUCGUGCUUGUACGCACGACGAGAAACAGGUUCGUCCAGAAGCAGCCAAUGGCCUCUAUGCGCUGUUGCUGCAGUUGCAGCAUCGCGCUGAUUUGCAUUUGGUUGCGGACCUGCUUGCAAACGCGGGAUAUGUCUCCUCGCUCCUUGUUCUGUACGAAACAGUUCAAAAGAUGGAUCCAGCAAUUCAACGCUCGAUGGAAUCUCAACUCGCGGAUCAGACGCUGUUCUGUCUAUUCGAGUCCAGCUGGAAAACCGGUGCUUCAGAAUCUGUUCGAAAUGUGUGUGCAGAGAUCCUGGAGCGUUUCAGAGGGCGACAAGGGGCCUUGCAAAUCGAUCCGUCCCAGUUCGAUACUGUGUGCGCUCAGUGCAUGCGCUGGGCAGUCCAGCAUCCUGCACCUUCAUUGCUUCACGUGCUGCGCACUUUCCCGUUUGCGGCUGCGCACAAUGCACAUCUACUGGGCAUGCUCUGCUGUGAGCUUUUGAAAACAGAAAAGAAGCUGGAGUUCAGUGCAAUGCCCUUGAAACCAGAUGCGCUAGAUCAAAACCUAAUCGUGCAGCUUGUGCAGCAACUCUUAGCGACGCCUUCAACAUGCCUCCAUGAGCAGGUCGUUACCAGCAGCGGCGAGCGGGAAGACGGUGUCAGCCUGCCCGCGGAUGCAUCCUUCGACAGCGCACUCCAGAAAGUGUUUCAGGAGUGUGCGCUCCAAUCCGCAAACCUCCUUCAAUGGGCUGCGCAUCAUCAUGUUAUCCGUUUAGGGCAGUUGCUCUUGCGCAACGAGCAGCAUGCCUUGUUCCAGAGCGCCGAGCGCGGCGAGCCAACGCUGCUCCGUAUCCUCCUGGCCCAGGAACGCAACCAGGAGCCGUACCGCAAGUAUCCGCAACUCUGGGACUGGACACUGCAGGAGGCGCUGUGUCGAGUCAUUCCCAGUGCCAACUUGAGCUGCGUACGCUUGCUCCUGGAACACGCCACCAUCGAUACGAGUCGCAAAGAUCAGAGCGCUGCCCAGAUACUUGCAGUACUCUCGGACGCCGAUGCAUUUCGCCUAGUCGAUGCUUGCGCUGAGCAAGGCGAUGAGGAGCUCGCGCGUCAACUGCUGCUCGUCAAGCAGCGACGACUAAGAAAUAUCACCGAGCUCAGUGUCAAUCUGGCCAAAGCCGCCCGCCUAGGACAGUUUCCCUUGCUGUUUUCAGUGCAUCGCCUGGUGUGCGAAGCACUUUAUGACGACAAAUAUGGUACCGGACUAGAGACGACUGAUCUAGCUCACACCUGUAUGGAGCUGUUCCAGCAACUCAGCGACGUUGACCUGCGUGAGCUCGCUCGCAUAGCGGCGAUGCACGGCGAUCUAGCAGUGCUCCAUGACGCUAUCCGGCUAUUCUUUCGAGAGUUUGCAACGGAUACUUCGAGUCGUGAUGAGCUGCUCAUCGAGCUUUUGCGGCUCGCUGUUCAGUACGGCCACGUUCAGCUCGUUGGGUUCCUUGGCGCGAGGUAUCCAUCGGUUCUUCAUCGAGCACCGGAGGCAUGCAUUGGACAAAAUACGGUCUUGAUCUACCAUAACCGGAUGGAGGAAGGAAUCACCCGCGACAAGGCCGCUGCCUUGCUUACUGAGCUACUGAACGUGCGUGCUCCGGUCGCGAACAGCACCAGGGAGCAUGCAGGGACCGUAGCACCUAAUGCAGGCAGUGCUACCGAUGCAGUUGCUGGCCAUGAACAGAAGCAUGGCAGUCGUCGUGCAUCCCAGGUCAGUCGAGGACGGUACGGCCUUGACGCCUCCAGCGUUUCAUCCAUGGAUGACGACUCGAGUCGGGCAUCGAAGCGGAUUAGCGACGGUUUGCCAAGCCCAGCGACCUUCUUUCCAGGGGAGCGCAUCAGAGCAUUCGACGAGCGCAGCCCAGCUGGAGCUCCCAGCGAUGACGCGUCCUUUGUACGGAUCACCAUCACGACGCCGCAGCACCAGCACCAGCACCAGCACCAGCACCAGCAGUCCCCGGCUCGUAUGUUCGGCACUGAACCCCAUCAACAGGAGGCAUGUUCUGUCUCAGUGAAUAGCGCUGGUGCAGCGUCCAGUGCGCGAAUACAGCAUGCCUCGCUGCAGAGGCAGUCGGCUGGCAACGCCUCCAACGAAGCGACACCGGCGUAUCUCCUCAGAGGUCUGGGCUCUAUCCGGCAACCGCUGCUGGUACAGAUGCUGAACUGGUCUGUCCGCGAGCGCUACGCGAUCUUGUUGCAACUGUUGCUCCAGCUCGGCCUCGCUAUAUCCCAAGCGAAUCUCAACGAACUCCUUCUUUGUGCGGUCGAAGGAAACGAUCUCAACACCAUGGAUGCAUUCCUCGAAGCGGUUACCCGUAGUCAGCGGAACGAGAGCGUUCAUCCGGUUGUUUUGGACCCGACAGCUGAUAUCCUCGUGCGAGCACUCGUCCUGGGGAACACGGAAAUGGCCCUACGUUUGCUCCGUUUGAACCGCUCGAUCAGCGUCUACCGCCGAAAACUGGCGAUGAAAGAGCGAACUCAACUGCUUCUGUUGGCAGCCGCUGAGGGCAAGGCUGAACUCGUGAAGCUCUGCAUUCGGGAUCUGGACGUGGACGUGAACGCUACCGAUAAGGACGGCUUCAGUGCGCUCCAGCUGGCACUGCGUCCGCUGCAUCCCGAGCGAUUAUUGCCGCUCGAUACAAGCGCUAUUGGCGAACAAGUGCCGAUGGCGUCGCUCCAGCGCAUCCAGACGGUAAUCGAGCUCAUUGAACGGGGUGCCAAACUCCAGCUGCUCGACGAAUUCGACCUGUUUCUGGUGCUUCGAGCACUGGCUCAUGCACAGGACUCGGUUGUGGCCGCCCUGAUGCGAAUCACGGAGUUCCCUGAUGAUGAUCAUGAUGAUCAUGAUCAUGAGCCCGGUUGCCUCCGGCGUUUCGUUCAGAGUCCAUUAGGGGUGCGCAUCCUGCGCGAGUCGAUCUCUAUGCUGCAACCGGUCGUGACGGGCAUGUCGCCUACGUUCAGUGCUCGCAGUGGAACGCAUGAGCAGCCCCGAAGCGACCGGUCCAAGUUCCAGAGAGAACCGGAUAUCCGAGGUAUUCGGGGCAACGCCCGUCGUCGUGUCCCGCUGCAUAGCGAUGCUUCAUUGGAUCAUGCAGCGCGUCACGAAGAUGCUGCCUACGCUGUUGCACGCUUUCUCGUCAUGUACGAGGAAACGCUUCUCUUGCACAUGUCCGUGCGAGAGCAGUGGCAGUUCCUCUUUGCCGCUGUAGCUACGGGUGAUCGUGCUGCACUGCAAAAGCUUCGCGGAUCCGUUUUCGCCGAAGCAUUUGAUCCAACCGCCUGGAAUGAUGUGCACGGGCGCACGUUGCUCGAUGUUGCUGCUACGCUGGAGGACGUUCAGGUUGCAGAGGCUGUCAUGGUGGCGCUGACGGAGCCGUUCGUCGUAGCUCCGUCUGUGGAAAUCCUGGUGGAAUCGAGUGAUAGCAUUGCUCACACGAGUGCCAGUACUGGUGGCACAUCCAAAGGUGACACCGACGCUGAAGCCGAUGCUGAUGCCGAUGCUGAUGCUGAUGCUGGUGCUGGUAGCCUUAGCGCUGCCGUCGAUCCAUCGACACCAGCGAUGAGGAACGGUACCCCGACUGGGUCGGCGGCGGCAGUGCAUGCGGCUCGAGCACCUGCAUUCACCGCUCCGCUGACGACACCUACGGAACGUCGUGUAUUUUACCCCGAAGGCGACGCGGAUACGUCGCAGGGCGCACAUCUGAGCCCGGCACCUCGAUCCACAUGUUCCCGUAGCGACCUGGGAAGUGACCUGGACCAGGAACGGACCGCUCUGCCCGCAUCUGUGCGACAUCCUACAGAGGCGACUCGCCAGAGCGCCUCGCAAAAGGAUAACGCCGAACGUGGUCCAGUAGUCGUCACGAACGCAAGCCCCGAGAUACCUCCAGAUACCACUUCCGAGACUAGCGACCUAGCGGCAGAGCAGGCACGACGCGAAGCCCUGUCCGCGCCGGGCUCGCCGCUUUCCCUCGCACCGCCAGACUCGUCCUUGUCGUCGUCAUCGUUGUUGUUAUCGUCUGCAGGUGUAGACGCGAGCGCUCCCAUUGCAGGCGGAACGGGGAGCGGCACCUCCGCUGCUCGUACUGCAUUCGCGCACAGCACCGCCACCAGCAAUGUUGCGCCCAAAGCAAUGGUACUAGAGCGCACAGGCAGGUCAGCUCACGAAGCGGGACCUCCAACUACGGAAACACAGCUAGCGUAA